AUGUUUAUUUCUCCCUCUGACGAAACUCAUGGCGCCGUCAGCUUUAAUCUGCGGCCCGGAACUUUUCAGCAGCAAUCGGAAAUACCCGAUCAGCGGAAAAAUGGCCCCUGUGAAACGGGUUUUAUCCCAAGUGAGAGCAGUCCGCCAACAGCCGAAGAAGAAACGAGGUUCACAAGGCAGUUAUUUGGACUACCUCUAAACAACGAACGACCAACAGCCACUCUUGAAAGCUCUCAUUUCGUUCAGAAACCUGUAUCAUGUGCGGAAAAAGAGAACCCGAGGGAGUUUCAAAUUAAUCAAAUCCGCCGUAGGUUCAACCCGGAAGAGCGCCAUGACGCCCAUGGCACUCAUCUGACGUUCAAUAUGAAACCAUCGGACCCGGGCUUUUCUCACGAUCUUACCGGCCUAGACUUCAUUUUAAGCGUUCCUACUACCUAUCCAGCCUAUGGUGAGCCUUCUCUUGAAGUAAGAAGCGGAGAUCUAGACGCGAGUAAGAGAAAGCUUGUGGAACGAAAGUUUAGGCAAGUGUGGAAAGACGUCAAGUCUGGUAGCCUAUUGUCUUGCAUGAAUAUCCUUGACAGGCAUCUUGCAAAUCUUCUUUCUGCUGCUCCCUCUCUAGAGACAUAUGAUCCCUUAACUUGGGAAAGGGAAAGAUUGCCGCCCUCUACUGUGAGUUCCGACUACUGGACGGGCAAGAGUAGCAAGAAAGGAAAGAUGGCGACUAGAGUAUUAGAAAUAGGAGAUCCACAAAGAAGGCUGAAAGAAGUUGGACAGUUAAAAUCCCGUCUGGGUAAGCACCCUUUGUUCCGAGAGCACUCAGACGGGGUCAGUUUUACGAUUGCCAUCAAACCGUUUCAACCGACGCAGCUACCAAAUGCCCUCCGCAAUGUACAAAGCAUAACCCUGACCGUGCCGUUUAAUUAUCCCGGAGAACCAUGCCGAAUCAGGAUCCCUGAAAUCACUGACCUUUCUGCCCGACUGACGGAACAAGCAUUUUAUCAGCAUUCCUUGGAUAACCCUGGGAUCAGUUUAACUGCUCAUAUCAACUAUCUCGCGGCAACGAUGCACAAAAUGGCAUAUCAAAAACCCAUUAAGGCAGAGAUAGAUCUUCAUAUCGACUUAAGUGCAAUAUCCCUGGAAGGAAAACCUCAUGACAAGUAUUCGCCACCAUCACCGCCUGUAGAAGCAUCCCGAUUAACUGACGUUAACGCGGAGGCCCACAGCCUGGAAGACAGAUCACAUAUUCAUGUUAUCCCUAGGCCCCCUGAGUGGGAUGUCCCCGAUGAAAAUGAUGGUGAGGAAGCUGAUGAUGAGCCAGCCGCGGAACAUCCUAUACAUGGUGGGGGUGGCCGUAAGGUCUUAAUAUCAUGCCCGGCACUUGAACUUCAAGGUGUUGAGUUGCUUGAGUUGAAGAAUUUAUCCUUGACUCUUCGAUGUGCCCGAUGCAAACAGUUACAAGACAUGAAAAAUAUAAAAAUCGGGGAGGAUGGCUACAGUAACCCUCAUAACAGGGUCGAAAGUUGUCAGAAAUGUUCAAAUCGACUCAGUGCAGGCUUCUUCCGUGAACUCAUGCACAAUGGAUCUAACCGGGCAGGCACUUUAACCCUUGAAGGAUGCACUCCCGCAGACCUACUUCCAAGCAACUUCACCCCGACAUGUUCGAAAUGUUCCACCACAUAUCCAGCACCAGGCGUCACAGCCUUCCAAGGAGAUGCCUCCCUGACGUUUUGCCGCGUCUGUCACCAGAAGAUGAGCUUUAAACUUCCUGAUAUUAAAUUUUUACUCGUCGGUGACGUCCAAGGUAAGUCAGAUGGUCGGAAUGAGCUUUUGGGGAUUAGUGCAGGAAAUGAGCUACCCCGUCGAGGAGCCUGUACUCAUUACAGCAAGAGUUAUAGAUGGUUUAGGUUCGGCUGUUGUUCGAGAGUAUUUCCGUGUGAUAGAUGCCACGAUGCUUCAUCUGACCAUCCAAAUGAGCAUGCGAAUCGAAUGAUCUGUGGAUUCUGUUCCCGCGAACAGACGUAUCGACCAGAAAAUUGUGGAUUAUGUCGGUCUUUACUUGUUGAUAAAGCUUCCACUGGCUUUUGGGAGGGAGGCAAAGGCACUAGAAAUAAGCAAUUGAUGAAUAGGAAAGACCCAAGAAAAUACAAGCGACCGGAAUCUGCUGCACCAGGUCCAUCACGUACCAGAUAA